CUCGAGAUGGCGGAGCCGCGGCGACGCGGCCCAAGGCCCCGAGAGCCGGGAAGCCGGGCAGCCCCGGGACGCGGCGGAGCCCGGGGACAGCGGGGACGCCGCCCAGUCCGCCGGGACUCUGAAUCCCUCAGGUUUCUCUAAGCUACCUCAGGGAGCCUUCUGAGCUGUUCAGAAAUGGGAGCAUAAUACAGUGAAAUCUGCAAAAGCUGGAACCUGUGUAAGGCGGAAACCUGUCAGAAGGAAAACUAAAACAUUUUCCACUAAAAGGAGCGAUAGAAAAGUGAUCCCAGUGACGUGACCUGCUAUGGAGCUCCAUUAUUAUCUUCUCUCCUGACACUGGCAUAGGAGCUUGUUUUUGGAGAACAGAUCAUCUAGUGAGCAGGAGAUAGUGGGGGCAGACAUUGUGAACUUCGCUGACUUCUGAUGUGAGGAGCUCAGCCAGGGCUUAGGCUGGAGCCUGGCCAGAUUUGCAGCCUGAAGCCAUGGGCCAAGGGGCCAUGGUGACCUGAAACCAGUGGACUGUGUCCAAUUGCCCUGUCCUACCCCUUCUACCUCCCCUGUCUUAUACUGAGGGGACUUGUCUCCAUCUCUUCAGGGAACUGACCCUGAGGGAAUCCCUUUCCCCUAUUUUUCCAUCCUUCUAUCCUCCCAAGAGAGCCUCAGCUUAUAGAACUCCUACCUGCCAUCCCCUGAGGUGGUCCCAUUCCCUGCCUCCCCUCCCCCGCCAUGCUACAGCUGUGGAAGGUGGUACGCCCAGCUCGGCAGCUGGAACUGCACCGCCUCAUACUGCUGCUGAUCGCUUUCAGUCUGGGCUCUAUGGGCUUCCUGGCUUACUAUGUGUCUACAAGCCCCAAAGCCAAGGAACCCUUGCCCUUGCCCUUGGGAGACUGUAGCAGUGGUGGGGCAGCUGGCCCUGGCCCUGCAAGGCCUCCAGUCCCACCUCGGCCCCCUAGGCCUCCAGAGACAGCUCGAACUGAACCCGUGGUCCUUGUGUUUGUGGAGAGUGCAUACUCACAGCUAGGGCAGGAGAUUGUGGCCAUCUUGGAGUCUAGUCGUUUUCGUUACAGCACUGAGCUGGCACCUGGCCGAGGGGACAUGCCUACACUGACUGAUCAUACCCGUGGCCGCUAUGUCUUGGUCAUUUAUGAGAACUUGCUCAAGUAUGUCAAUCUGGAUGCCUGGAGUCGGGAACUGCUAGACCGUUACUGUGUGGAGUAUGGUGUGGGCAUCAUUGGCUUUUUCCGAGCCCACGAGCACAGCCUACUGAGUGCCCAGCUCAAGGGCUUUCCCCUUUUUCUACACUCAAAUUUGGGGCUCCGAGACUACCAAGUCAACCCUUCUGCCCCGCUACUGCAUCUCACACGCCCUAGCCGCCUGGAGCCUGGGCCACUGCCUGGUGACGACUGGACCAUCUUCCAAUCCAACCAUAGCACCUAUGAACCAGUGCUUCUUGCCAGCCUCCAGCCAGCUGAACUCCCCGUGCCAGGACCAGUGCCUCGCCGGACCCGACUUCCCACUGUGGUACAGGACCUGGGACUGCAUGAUGGCAUCCAGCGGGUGCUCUUCGGCCAUGGCCUUUCCUUCUGGCUCCACAAACUUGUCUUCGUUGAUGCUGUUGGGUACCUCACUGGCAAGCGCCUCUGCCUGGACCUUGACCGCUACAUCUUGGUAGACAUCGAUGACAUCUUUGUGGGCAAGGAAGGUACCCGCAUGAAGGUGGCUGAUGUUGAGGCCCUGUUGAACACCCAGAACAAACUCAGGACCUUAGUCCCCAACUUCACCUUCAACUUGGGCUUCUCGGGCAAGUUCUAUCAUACUGGCACAGAGGAGGAGGACGCAGGGGACGCCAUGCUGCUGAAGCACCGCAGGGACUUCUGGUGGUUCCCCCACAUGUGGAGCCACAUGCAGCCGCACCUGUUCCACAACCGCUCCGUGCUGGCUGGCCAGAUGAGGCUCAACAGGCAGUUCGCCCUGGUGAGGCCCCGCUCCUUGCGCCCCGGUCCUGGUGAGAGUCUAUGCCAUUCCCAGGAACAUGGGAUUCCCACGGAUCUUGGGUAUGCUGUGGCCCCCCACCACUCGGGCGUGUACCCCAUCCACACGCAACUCUAUGAGGCCUGGAAGUCUGUGUGGGGCAUCCAGGUGACCAGCACUGAGGAGUAUCCCCAUCUCCGCCCCGCCCGCUACCGCCGUGGCUUCAUCCAUAAUGGCAUUAUGGUGCUGCCUCGGCAGACAUGUGGCCUCUUCACUCACACAAUCUUCUAUAAUGAGUAUCCCGGAGGUUCUCGUGAGCUAGACCGGAGCAUCCGAGGUGGAGAGCUCUUUCUGACGGUGCUGCUUAACCCGAUCAGCAUCUUUAUGACCCAUCUGUCCAAUUAUGGAAAUGACCGUCUGGGCUUGUACACUUUUGAGAGCUUGGUGCGCUUCCUCCAGUGCUGGACACGGCUGCGCCUGCAGACCCUGCCUCCCGUCCCUCUCGCACGAAAGUACUUUGAACUCUUCCCUCAGGAGCGAAGCCCCCUUUGGCAGAAUCCCUGUGAUGACAAGCGGCACAAAGAUAUUUGGUCCAAGGAGAAAACCUGUGAUCGACUCCCCAAGUUCCUCAUUGUGGGACCCCAGAAGACAGGGACCACAGCUAUUCACUUCUUCCUGAGCCUGCACCCAGCUGUCACUAGCAGCUUCCCUAGCCCCAGCACCUUUGAGGAGAUUCAGUUCUUCAACAGCCCUAAUUACCACAAGGGCAUUGACUGGUACAUGGACUUCUUCCCUGUCCCUUCCAAUGCCAGCACUGACUUCUUAUUUGAAAAAAGUGCCACCUACUUUGACUCCGAGGUUGUACCACGGCGGGGGGCUGCCCUUCUACCACGAGCCAAGAUCAUCACUGUGCUCACCAACCCUGCCGACCGGGCCUACUCCUGGUACCAGCACCAGCGAGCACAUGGAGAUCCAGUUGCUCUGAACUAUACCUUCUACCAGGUGAUUUCAGCCUCUUCCCAUGCCCCUCUGGCACUUCGCUCCCUGCAGAGCCGCUGUCUGAUCCCUGGCCACUACUCUACCCAUCUACAGCGCUGGCUCACUUACUACCCCUCUGGACAGUUGCUGAUCGUGGAUGGGCAGGAGCUGCGUACCAACCCAGCAGCCUCAAUGGAGAGCAUCCAGAAGUUCCUGGGAAUCACGCCCUUUCUGAACUACACACAGACCCUCAGUGGCCUCUUCCUGAUGAGCAGGUUUGAUGAGGAUAAGGGAUUCUGGUGCCAGGGACUUGAAGGUGGCAAGACUCGCUGUCUAGGAAAGAGCAAAGGCCGGAGGUACCCAGAUAUGGACAGUGAGUCCCGCCUUUUCCUUACGGAUUUUUUCCGGAACCACAAUUUGGAGCUGUCGAAGCUGCUGAGCCGGCUUGGACAGCCAGUGCCCUUGUGGCUUCGAGAAGAACUGCAGCGUUCCAGUCUGAGCUGAUGUCCCAGUCUUUGUGCCAGCAAAAGCCCCCUGCUUCCUUAAGGCACAAGCCCAAAGCAGGAAUCCCAAGGGGGAUUAGAGUGGCCUGGCCCCUUCCCCGUCUACCUCAGUGGCCCCUGGACCUAGAAUGGGUGAGAAGGGAAGGGCAUCCCUUUCCCAUAGCUUUGGGGUCUAAUAAAGGGGCUUCCCUUGGUACCCCACAUCACGGUACUAGGCGCCUCUGACCCCGUGGUCUGGGGAGGAGGGAAGGGGUGAGAUGGUCCAGGCAGGGUGUAGAGGAACGUGUUAGUCCGGUGAUUUCCCUCUUCAUCCCCAGCAGUGUACCUAUCUAUACCUGUCGUCUGUGGGAGGGACCCCAUGCUGUGGCCCCUUUAGUCAGGCAAUGGGAUCUACCUGUGGCCUGGCCUCACUAAUGUCAUUCAUAUUGAAUGGGGAUGAGGUCGGACAGUGGCUCAUAGAGCUGAAUAUGAGCCCUAGCUGUGGGCUACAAAUGUGCUUAAUAAACAUCCUUAUUUUUCUGUUUUGUUUGCCUCACUGGGGUGGGAAAAAAUUAAACCAAGUGUCAGGCUCUUUACCCUUGGUUCAAGGUUCCACCUGCAAUGGAGGGAAAGAAGGGAGAGGCCAAGGCAGACUAGAGUAAAAAAAGGAGUUUAUAUAUUUAUAAAUGCCAAAU